UGCACGACCACUAACGAAUCUUUUAUGAAAAGACCAGCCUCUCAGCUGGGACGCGGAGUGCCAGCAGGCUUUUGCAACCCUCAAGGAAGCUCUGGCAAUGGCCCCUAUUUUGAUUCGACCGGACCCCUCGAAGCAGUUCAUUCUCAUCACGGACUGGCAACCCGAAGCUAUCUCCGCUAUUUUAGCACAGAAAGGGAGCGACGGUCGCGAACAUGUCAUCGAGUACGCGUCUCGAACCGUACCGGACGAACGAAGAAACGACUCCGCACCUCAAGGCGAGUGCUAUGCGGUAGUUUGGGGAAUCCAGCACUUCCAUCCGUAUCUCUACGGACAGAAGUUUCGCCUAGUAACGGAUCACGAGCCUCUGCUAGCGCUGAAGAAACUCACCAACUACACGGGCAUGAUUGGUCGUUGGGCGGUGCGACUACAAGAAUACGACUUCGAUAUCGUCCAUCGAAAGACAGAACGGCAUGGCAACGCGGACAGGCUGACACGUCUGCACCGACCUGUCAAGUCCGAUAUCCAUCCUCGCCUUUCCUACUGUCUAACGACCCUUGCUGUCCCCGACAUUCAUCCCCCGGACUGGGAACUGUGGCGCGAAGACUUUAUCGAGCUUUCCCUGUGCUUGGUCGAAGUACGACUGACGUGGACCGAGGGCGAAGCGCACCUGCCUUGCAUAGAGCGACUGGAGCUGCUGUUUAUCCAGGCCUGGCGCACCAAUGUGGAGGGAGAGCUUCUCGCGUUCUUAUUCGGUACAGUACGGCCCGACCAUCAGGAACUUAUGGCGCAAGAGCUCACGAUUCCGAUAGCGCAACUGGCAGACGACCUCCCUCUUGACAUCAUCUCGCAAGACGACGAGCAUCCAGUUCCCUAUGUUUUUUCUGGCACCUUGACACCUUAUCUCCAGUGGUCGGCUUGUGUGGAGGGAGCCGCCGAGCGCAUCCCGCCGUCGCAGCAGCGGUAUUUAGAUCCCCGGACGGUUCGCGAUCCUGCCUUCUUCAGGCAUCCAACGGCAGGGCAACUUGCUGCUAUUCGAGAGGAGGAAGAAGAAGGAGAGGACGCCGAAGGAGAAGACGAGUGGGAAGAAAGUGGGAAAAGCGACGAAGUACUCGAGGAAGAGGACGAAACCCCCGAAGAAGGAAGUUAUAGCGAGCAUAGCGAGGGGGAGCAGAGCGAAGAAGAAGAAGAAGAAGACGAAGGAGAAGAGGAGAACGAAGAAGAAUCUGCCGGAUCAGAAUGGGAAGCCGUGUCGGAAGAAGCGCUGCGCACAGGCACAGAGGCAGAGGAUCCCGAGGCGACCCGUAAAAGAGAAGAAAUCGUGACCGGGAAGAAGAAGUUAGAGCUAGCAAGCGCGGUAAGUCUGCAGAUCUGCGACGACCCGAACCGAGAUCCGGAGCCGCCCCGACCUGAAGAUGGCGACCUCGCGGCCACGACUCACACCCCAUCGGCACGGCGACGAAGCCGAUCCCCUUCCUCCCCAACCCGUCCCCCAGUUCACCGAUGUACCGAUACGGGCGAUCGGCCUUCGUCCCCGAUUACUCUCUCGCCGUCCUCUUGACUACCUCACCCUCCGCCAGCUCACCAGCCCCAUCACGUUCCCCUCCUACCCGUUUCCCCGCGAUACCUUCCGCCACUUCUA